GCAACUGUACUAGACAGCUCGUUUACCGGCUGUCAGCUGAAUAUAUUCUGCUUUUAUUCGGUUACUUAUCGUGUUACGGUAAUAUGGCUGGCUGUACCUUUGUUGCCAGACUUUUGCCGUUGGCGAGAGGCCGCUUUUGUAAUAACAUGUCUCUUCCCGUACGCACAGCUACCCGUGCCUUUUCCUGCACUUUAACUUGUUCACAGCUUCAGCAAGUCCACGGGGUCAGCGCUUUAACGGGGAAAGUGGACCGAUUCGGUGGAGUGACAGUGAACCUGGCUGAGGUCGGACUGCCGGGUGACAUCAGCGAGAGCUCAUUCAGCGGUUUACUGCAAGAUUCUUUAGCUCAGUGGAAAGCAGAGGGGAAGGCAGCAGUGUGGCUUCGAGUACCCAUCUCGCUGAGUCGAUGUGCUGCCGCCGCCUCGGCUCACGGCUUCACCUUCCAUCAUGCCAGAAACGACUACGCCAUGCUGGCUCUUUGGCUGGGAGAGGGGGAGAGCAGACUUCCAGGUUUUGCAACUCACCAAAUUGGAGUGGCAGGUGCAGUUGUUGAUGAGUCCAGUGGAAAGGUCCUUGUUGUCCAAGACAGAAAUAAGACAAAGAAUGCUUGGAAGUUUCCCGGUGGUUUGUCUGAUCCAGGAGAAAAUAUUGGUACGACUGCUGUUCGUGAAGUGUUUGAGGAAACUGGUGUUCGCUCCGAGUUCAGAUCUCUGCUAAGUAUCCGGCAGCAGCACAACCACCCCGGUGCCUUCGGCAUGUCUGACAUGUACAUCAUCUGCCGGCUGAGCCCGCUAACCUACGAGAUCAACUUCUGCACUCAGGAGUGUCUACGCUGCGAGUGGCUGGACAUCAGCGAGCUGGCCAAAACCAGCGAGACCACGCCCAUCACCUCUCGCUUAGCCAGUCUUCUGCUUCAUGGCCUGGAGCACGGCUUUGAUAAGAUUGACCUCAACAUGGAGGAGCUUCCUGCUGUUUACUCUGGGAGAUUUUACCAGUUAUAUUACAGACAGCUUCCCAUACUGAAAUUAUAGGAGCUCCACAGAUCACCUCAUUGUAGCCAGAUAUGGUGAAGCACGGUUGUCACCAUUAGUCAAAUAUUAAAAAUGUAUUUAUAGCUGGACUGUUACUUUUGAAGAAUUACAGUGUAACCGGUUGGAUUAAAAACACACUGCAAAUUUUAGGAUGCUUUUUGCAUCUGCAUUGCUGCAGUUUUAAAUGUUUUAUUUAACACGUCUUGGUGGCCAUGUUCAAAACCCAAAGUUGGCGGUCUUGUAAUAUGUAUUAAUCAAUGAUAAAAAAUGACAUCACUGUCAGAGAUAAGUGGUGACUUUAGCUAAUUUUAUCUUGGUUCCAGUUUCAUUUCAGAAAUGGGAGGGGGUAUAUGGAGGAAAAAACUGCCAACUUUGUAAGUCAAAAAUGAAUUCUUUACCACCCAAACAACUGCCAGCAAUGAAUAUAGGUUUUCCUCUCCAUGUUGGUCAUUUACAUCAGCGGUCUCCAACCCCCGAGUCGUAGGGUACCGGGCCGCGAGAGUUCAGGCUCGGGUGUGAAAUUUAUGGUUUUAUCGGUUUUUAUAGUUUUUUUUUAUUUUUAUUGUUUUUAGCGUUAACUCUGUUUCUCUGGGUCUUUUACCAUGUGUUAUGAAUACAUUUUUUUUGGUACCGGUACUGGUUUUAUUUUGUUGUAUUUAUCCGCGACGCCUUAAAGGC